AUGAAGCAUGGCGUCCGACGUGUCAUGAUUGCCGGAUCUGUUUCUGCUCUCAGUCGCUUGAUCAGUAGGCAACGGGAUGAAAAGUGCGCGGACACUGCGACUAUGGAUUCAUGGAUCCGAGGAAAAAUGGCAGAAGACAACGGUGAAAUCAAAAAACACAGAAAUACAAGAAAAUCUCGUUUUUCAGACAGAGGAAAUUUCUUGAUCUUUGAUAAAAUUUGCCCACAAACGAACUUUCUUCACGUAGCAUUCGGCAACGAAGAAUUUGUUCUCAAAAUCUUGGAAGAGUCGAGUAUAGUGUUGUUGAGUGACGGAACUUUUGCAGUUGCUCAGAAAAAAAAACGGAAAGGUAAAAAAUAAAACAUUUACAAAAUCGUUUCGUUUUUUUUUCCAGUUUGGAGACACAUUUGUCCCUACAGUUCACGUCUUAACGUCCUCGCGCUCCACGGGCGGUUAUGAUUUUGUUCUGACAGAACUGAAAACGAAGAUUCCGAAUUGGAAACCAACUGAUUAUCUUGGAGGUUUAUUGCGGUUCCACUUAUUUGUUCAAAAUUCAUGAUUCAGACCUCAAAAUUGGACAAUCGAAAGCAUUAAAUUCGCCGUUCUUUCUGCUAUUUCCAUCUCCUUCAAGCCUGACAUCGAAAGAUGAAACAGCUGAAACUGGACGAUCUGACAAAUUCGAACAGUUUUCUAUGCGUUCAUAG